AGGAGGCAAUUUCGCGAUUCCCUCAACAAGAUACGUUCAACCCUGGUAGUGGUCUCUCCAAGCGUUUUUUCCCGUCCGACUGGAAUCUGCUACUGUCUGCAGAAGAGAUCCGUUGUUCUGAGCCCACUCCGCCGUGUGAAUUAACAUUCUUUUUUUAAUUAAUCAGGGAAGCCAGAGAUCAACAUGCCUCGGUCAUUCCUUGUCAAGAAGUAUUUUUCCAGCAAGAAGCCAUACUACAGGGAGAGCCAGCUGGAGAGCCAAACUGCUUUUGUCCCAGAAAGCUUUCCACGGGCUGAACUCCCAACGCAGAACAACAGUUUGGCCCUGACCUGCUAUCCCACCAACUCCUUCUUCAGCAGCAUGGACACCAUGCCUGCACCUCUCUCCCCUGUGUCUCUGUCCCCUUCACCGCUUGGCCCUCUGGACCUCAGCAGCUCUCCCUCCAGCAGCAGCGAGGAAGAGGAGGAUGGUGGACGGUCUUCAGAUCCUCCCAGUCCGGACAUCAUCCAGCAACACAUCUACCACUGUCAGCACUGCAGUAAAAGUUACACCAGCCUCUCGGCACUGUCCCAUCAUCAGAUGUCCAACUGUGCUCCACAGCAACAGACCCAUUCUCUGCCCACUGAAGUCUCUGCACGUCCAGCCUUCCACUGCAAACACUGCCCCAAGGAGUACACCAGCCUGGGGGCCCUGAAAAUGCACAUUCGCUCACACACAUUGCCCUGUGUGUGCCCCACCUGCGGCAAGGCCUUCUCAAGACCAUGGCUGCUCAGAGGACACAUUCGCACACACACAGGUGAGCGCCCCUUUGCUUGUCAACACUGUAACCGGGCCUUUGCUGAUCGCUCCAACCUGCGCGCCCACCUGCAGACCCACUCUGAGGUGAAGAAGUACCAGUGUGGCUCCUGCUCGCGGACCUUCAGUCGCAUGUCCCUGCUGCACAAACACACUGCCUCUGGAUGCUGCCCUGCCUCAUAGACUCACAUUCCCUGAACUGUUCUCAUGAGCCAGUUGAAGCUGGUUCAUUACCCCCUGAUUAGAGCCAAUGUACACAGAGGACAGUAUACUUCAAAGCCAUGACGGGACAGAAAACUGGAGUUCUGUUGCUUUUAUAAAUUGAUUCUUAAGUGCCUUUUCCAGGAUUCUGUAGGUAGAUCUAUGAGGUCAUAUUGGUAACUGCUGCACAUAUUUGCUGCGUCCUGGCGACUGUGUGUAUGUAUGUGUGAUUUGAGGGCAGCUGGACAUCCAGUUAAUUCCCAGGAAACACCAUCGGUGCCGGCCGGUCCGGGACUCUGGCCAUGUUGCAGCUGCUGGGGUGUGUUUGUGUGUGUAUGUGGGGAUGUCAUUCCUCACCAUACUAUACAUACAUGAGCAAGUGUGUGUGUUGAGACAGCUGUCUGUGUAUGGUGUACUGUGGAGGCAGGGCGCUGAGAGACGUGUUAGCUGUGACCUCGGUGACAGGUGACUCCUGCCCGCCCCUCCUCAUGCCAAAAACACUUUCCACACACUGUUAUGGGAUGUGAAAGGACCACUUCAACUUGACCAAAACACGUCUUGGCUUUACCAAUAUUGUCAUUUUACAGUCUAAAUGAAAUUUAUUUAGACAUGUUUUAGGGGAAUGUUUUGACCAACAGUUUUUUUUUUUAUGAAUUUUGAACAUGCAUUUCAAAUGGGAAUACUGUGCCUUUUUCUGCCACAUGUAAAUAAAAGCUUUGUUUAAA